CAAAUAAUCGAUCAAAACUGUUUCUGUUUUUGCCCGAAGCAGUAGUGAGUUUUCAUCCAGUGAUGUAGAGCGUUUUAUCUUUUUGCUUCAUUGAUUGACUACAGUACAUUUAACCUAUUAACCCUACUUGCUGUUUUGUGUUUUUAUUUUUUACCUGGAAAUUGACCAAUUUAUAAUUAAUUGGAGUUAAAAUCAUCAUGGCAGUUGAACCAGACGAUGCUAAGUUCAUCAGUAAACUAGACGAAACGAGUAAACAAAAGGCUAAAGAAGAACUAAACGAGAGAAAUGACAAAGACAGGGAAUUGGCAGUACAAACAUUACGGCAGUGGAUACUGGAACAGGACUGGUUAAAGACACCGACAGACUUUCAGUUCCUGCUGAGAUUUCUACGGGCUAGAAAGUACAGUCAGCUGGGUGCACGAGAAACGCUGGAAAAUUACUGGACUGUGAGGACGAAAUUUCCAGACUGGUGCAAGAACGUUGAUCCCGGAGAAGAGGUUUUGCAAGAAAUUAUCAAGUCAGGGAUUAUUGUGUGUCCUAAACGCUAUGACAACGAAGGGCGUCGAGUUUUGAUCGACAGAACUGCACACAUUGACGUUGACGAAGCAAACCAAAAAUGGGGACUGAAGAAUGUGUUUAGGGCGUUGGUACUUGUUUCCGACUGGUAUUGUUUAGACGAAAAUGUGCAAGUGAAUGGCAUGCAAGUACUGUUUGAUGCUAGUGAUAUAACACUAAACACUGCGACUACGAUAUUUACUGGAGAAAACGGCAAAAAUCUCAUAAAAUAUUAUCAGCGUUCACAACCAGUUCGGGUGAAGAGACUCAAUUUAUACAAACAACCUUCUUUCUUUGAUACAAUAUUUGCCAUAAUUAAACCUCUGAUGUCAGAGAAAAUGAGAAAUAGAGUUAAACUCCAUGGUAACAGUAUGGUGAGUGUGUACAAAGAUAUAGACAGAUCUGUACUUCCAACUGAAUAUCUACCAGAUGAUUACACCGGACCUAGUGCUGGGCCUCUAAAAGGUAUUAUAGAUGAGAUGUUAGAAGACAUGAUGGUACCAGAAUUCCGAAGCUACAUACGGAACUUGUCCAGCGAAAAACAUCGUGUAGAUUUUUUUAAAAGAAAACGGGACGAUCAGCCAGCAGAAUCUUUUAGGAAACUUCAUGCGGAGUAAUACUAGUAUCUGUGCAAAGGAAAGUUACAUAUCAUUCAAUGCAUUAUUGUCUUGGUAUUUAAUUCGGGGAAUAGUCUUACUGUAUUAAUUGCUUGAAAACAAACAAUAUCUAUUUAUAAGCAGGUGAAUGUUUUAUAACAUGUAAAGGAUUUUGUAGCUGGUAAUGUAAGUUUUUUUUGUCGCCCUUUUUUUUCUAAAAAAGUUAUUCUUGUGUUUCUAGUGAGUAUACUAUACCUAUCUCUAUGUCGUGGAUAGAUAAAUUUUGUUUAAAAAAUGAUUUAAAUUCUAUAUGCAGUUGUUUGUUAGGAAGAAUCAUUCUAAUAGAGCAACAGGACAUUUCACAUGUUGAGUUCUUUGUUCCUUCUUAUUUCUAUGUGGACAAUGAAUUCAAUAAAAUUUCUACUUUA